AUGCCACAAGACACAACAACGGAAGCAUUGACACACUCCCGUAAUAGGAACAUUAUCAUACCGAUCACUGCUCUUCCCAAUGAAACUCUGUUGGAUAUCUUCUCCUUCAUCCACCCUCCCUCAUGUACGGAAUAUCACUAUUUCAUGAUACAAUUACCUUCGGUGUGCCGAGAUUGGUUCCAUCUAUUGAGAAGAACUGAAAGUGGGAAUUACUUUUAUCGGAUUGUGUUUGAUCGCUUGUUUUCAUGGAGAAGAUUGGCCUCGUUGUUUCUUGAUGAUCAAUCCUCUCCCGAACAUUCCAUCACGAAAAAUAGUCUUGAUCAAUUGAAUUGGUAUGAAGAGUUGAAAAAACAAGUGCUUGUAUUUAAAAAGUGUGAGUUGUCAAUCACUCAUGUUGAGAAUCGAAAAGCAUAUUCAUUGAGAGCAGACAGAGAUUUGAGUUUUAAUGAUUUAGUAGCUGUGAAACAAACGAUUGGCAGUGAUGUCGUUUUGAUCAAUUGUCCAAUUCGUUCAGCAGCAAAAGAAAGAGCUUGUUUUUAUUUUGAAUGUGUUUGUACAGAUAAUCGAAAAGAAUCCGAUAAUGUAUUUCUUGGAAUUGCAAUUCGACCAACAACGAUCAUGUCAUCAAACAUGGAUCAACAACACCAGUACAUUCUUUCAGGUUAUUUAGGAAGCACACAUGCGAGUGUGGGUUAUUAUUAUAUUAAUGGUGACUUGUAUUAUGGAGGAUCUAUAAAAAGUCGAUCAUUUGGAUCACCCAUCGAUAUCAAUGACAAAUUGGGAAUUUAUAUUGAUUCACACAAAAUGAAAUUUGCCUUCUUUAAAAAUAGAGAAUUAGUAGGAAGGACACUCGAUCUGUUCUCACUCUUUGGAGAAACAACAAUUUUUCAAUUUGAAAAAGGUGAAAUUGAAUUUUAUCCUGCGUUUUCAAUGCUCUAUGAUAGAGAUUGCAUGCAUGUGAAAUGUAUGGACAUUUGCUCCUUUAAGGGAUGUAAAUGGUUGAAAGAGGCGAUUGAAAUGAUGGAUUAA